UAUUUGAAUAAGAAUUAUCCUCCUAUCUCGUUAAUAUCUUUCAAAGGAACAUAAAGAAAGAAGAAAAAAUCCCGUUCAACUGCGUAUAAACUCUAUCUUCCCAUCUUAUCUUCCUCAUCGCCGAUGACCCCUCAAGGCAACACACCUGUCUCAGUUUCAAUGACUGGGAGGACCUCAUCGUGGCCCUUCUACACUAUUAUUUUCACUUUGCUAGCCCCUGUUUUAGCGUCUAUACUCGUCUUCCACUUCGAUUCCUUCGACCCAGCUCCCUUCCCGAACCACGAGUUGGCUCACCCUCUGCCGGAGCCAUCGCUGAAGAAUGGUCGCCUCCUUCAAGGAUCCGAAUUUCUUGGCGUUGGGCAGUUAAAGGGACCAGAAGAUAUUGCGUACGACAGCAAGUCGGGAGUCAUUUACACGAGUUGUGUAGAUGGGUGGAUCAAGCGGGUCACGGUGAAUGACUCGGUAACCGACACGGUGGUAGAGAACUGGGUCCAUACUGGUGGCAGACCCCUUGGUGUCGUCCUCGGCCAUAAUAAUGAUAUUAUCGUGGCUGAUGCCUAUAAGGGGCUGCUGAAGAUAAGCGGAGAUGGGGAAGUGGAGGUGCUAACGGAAGAGGCAGAGGGUGUAAAAUUGAAAUUUACAGAUGGUGUAGAUAUAGCAGAUGAUGGGACGAUCUAUUUUACAGAUGCUUCAUACAAGUAUGAGUUUCAUGAGUUUAUGUGGGAUGUUUUGGAGGGGAAGCCUCAUGGUAGAUUAUUGAGCUAUGAUCCUGCAACAAAACUUACCAAAGUUCUGCUUCAUAACCUCUAUUUUGCUAAUGGAGUUGCAAUUUCUCCUGAUCAACAAUCUCUAAUCUACUGUGAAACUCCCAUGAGAAGGUGUAGAAGAUAUUACAUAAGAGGGAAUAAGAAAGGAAGCAUAGAAAAAUUUGUUGAUAUGCCUGGAAUACCUGAUAAUAUUCGUUAUGAUGGAGAUGGCCACUUCUGGAUUGCAUCGGCCACUGAAAUUACACCGUUCUGGGAUGUAGCAUUCAGAUACCCAGUGAUUCGAAAGGUUGCAGGAAUUUACUUGAAGUACAUAGGAGAUAUAGAAACACAGAAGAAUGGUGGUGUAUUUAUGGUGGAUCUGGAGGGGAAAUUGAUCUCUCAAUACCAUGAUCCAGAUUUAACACUGAUUACGGGUGGAGUAAAGAUUGGAUCUCAUCUAUAUUGUGGUUCUAUCAAAUAUUCCCAUAUCAUCCGUCUGAAUCUGCUCAAGUAUCCUGCACGUCCCACCAAAUGAACAAACUCCAAUCCAGCUUUCUUUUCCAAAUCCUAAGCAAAUUUCAAACUUUAGGACAUGUUCAUGUUUAUGCAUUUGAUGUACGGGAUAAAAUUAGGUUGGAUUUUCUUGUCACUUUGUUCAAUUUCAUCUUCACUCGUAAUAGCUCAUUUAUGAUAAAUA